AUGGGCUUCACCACAUUUCUCGGCUCCUCCACAGACAAACUCCAAUCUAACCGACCCAAACCCUCAUCCUCGUCCACCUCACUCGAUAAAUCCUCCGACUCUGCCCCCUCGCAGACACCACCCGACGCCAGCUCUAGCUCUGGUUCAAGCCCCCAUCAUGGCUACAUCUACGACGAGUCCCAGUUGCCCGAUGUGCCACCCGACUGCCCCGAUCUCCGCGAGCUCAACGACAGCCUCGAGGCGCUCGCCGCCGUCUUUCCCGAUAUCCAGAUCCAGGUCUUCCGCGAGAUGUUGACCAACUUUGACGAAGAAUCACGCUUGGCUGUUGUUGCCGACGCUCUAUUGAAGAACCGUGUUUCUUGGGUCAAGGGCCGCUGGAGGGUUGUCGAUAACCAACGUCUCGGAACCGCGGUUGCUAGCGGAGAACCACAGGAGGAGAGAGAGGGAUCCCUGAUCCCACGCGUCGAGGCCUUUAGGAGUUCCGAGUACAAGCACGCUGUUCAAGCGCUGGCAUGGCACGAGUUCAAGGGUCUUUCGCGCUCUACCAUCAACGCCGUCCUCGCCGAGUCUAACUACUCGUAUCUUGAAGCCCGCAAAACUUUAGUGUCGCUCUCAUCAAAGUCCUGGCGCUUCACCAUAUCAUCUCUCUUCCUUCGUCGGAGACCCGUUGCCACAGGCGAAGCCGAGAACCACCCACUAAUCGUCUGGAAGUCGACCGGCCAAGGCGCCAUCGUGCCGACGCUCAAGGCUUCAGGAAACGUCGAGCUCGACGUCGAGCUGUACCGUGACCUGGUUCAACCACUGAAAGAUCGGGCCAGGCAGACCCGGGAAGAUGAGGACCGGAGUCUAGCUGCUCUCCUGAACCAUGAGCAGGCCGAGGAGACCGGUGCCAUGCAUGAGUGUGCAUGCUGCUUUACCGAAUCCACCUUUGAAGAGUUCACAACCUGCAACACUGACGGCCACAUGUUGUGUUUCCGCUGCAUCCAGCACUCAGUCACAGAAGCCGUCUUUGGUCAGGGCUGGCAUAGUAGUAUCGACGCAGACCAUGGCACUCUCAGGUGCCUAGCUGUCGAAGAGAACGGUUGCCCGGGUCACAUUCCUUACGACCAUAUGCACCGCGCCAUGUUGGAGGAGAAGAAGGGCGCUGAGAUCCUCCGCAAGCUCGACCAACGUCUGGCAGAAAACAGCCUCUUGGCAUCCAAUCUGCCCCUUAUCCGGUGUCCCUUCUGCGACUACGCCGAAGUAGACGACAUCUAUCUCCCUGCCCAGGAAACACAACUACGCGUUAGACUCGAUAGUCUCUUCAGCCUCGCCCUGCUCGUUGUGUGCAUUGCCAUGAUGCCUCUCCUCCUACCGGUGGUUCUCCUGGCGUCCUUUGUCUGCCUACUCGUCAGCACGAAGCAGACGGUCGGCGAUCUUUUGAUCGUCCAAUGGCAUCUGGCCCUUGGCCGUCACCGCCGACGUCGCCGUGGUCUCAAAUUCACCUGCCAGAAUCCUGACUGCAGCAGAAGCUCGUGCCUUUCUUGCACCAAACCCUGGAAGGACAUUCACGUGUGCAACGAGUCGUCUCUGGUUGCGCUGCGGACGCAGGUCGAGCAGGCGAUGAGUAUGGCCAUCAAGCGCGUCUGUCCACGAUGUCAUACGUCAUUCGUCAAGAACUCGGGCUGCAACAAGCUUACCUGUCCUUGCGGCUACAAGAUGUGCUACGUCUGCCGCAAAGACAUUGGCGGCGCCAACGGAGACGGUGAGGGGUACAGGCAUUUCUGCGACCACUUCAGGCCGGACGGGGAUCCGCGCCCGUGUACCGAGUGCACCAGAUGCAACCUUUGGGAGAGCGAGGACACGGACUUGGUGCUGAGGCAGGCCAAGGAGGAAGCUGAGGCCAAGUGGCGUGAGACGGAGAAGCGGGAGCUCAACGGAGCCGAGAAGGCUUUUUUGGAGACGGGCUUCGCCAGAAAUGGAGUCUCGCCGGUCGAGAAUCGUCUCAAGAACGGACAGCUGCCGACACUGCCGGAGCUCUGCGACUUUGUUGUCGAAACGAUUUUUGUGUGA